AUUUGUCUUUCCUCUUGAAUAUCUCUCUUCUCCCCAAGAUUUUUCUUUUUCAUUCCUUCUGCUUCUCUUCUAAAUUCUUUCCCUAAUCUCUAUUUCUUCCCUUCUAAUCUACAUUUCCAAUUUGGUUGCUAUCAAUUAUUCUUAUAAUGACCCACAACUUUUGGAAGAAACCUUUCAGACUAUUUCAAAUAAAUAAAUUAGGGUUUAUGUUACUGCAGUAAUGUGGCGCAAAGCGCGAUUGGGCUGGCAACGGAGCUUGAGGCGGUUGUCCACGGCGGUGCGGCGCCGUACAGAGGACGAGGGUGACUGGUUUUACUCAUCGGAAUGGUGGGGGUCGGAUUCCGAAUCCGAAUACCAUGGCAACACCGUUCUCCGCUCUACCUCCAGUAAGGGAAAUGGCGUCGUUUCCGUCCUUGCUUACCCUUCUUCUAAACCCAAGAAGAAUAAGGUUUACUGGACUGAAACAGAAAAGUGGCUUCAGCAAAGAUAUGCACAGAUACAUCCUGGUUAUGAACAAGAUCAACCCUUUAGGAUACUUGGAUAUCAGUGGCGUGUCCUUCGAUUUAAUGAUAAUACUCGUCAAAGCACUGUUAAGAUCAUGGCUGCUUACCGGGAAACCGAACCCGGGUCUAUAUUUUUAAUGCAGCAAUCACAUUGUCUGGCUGUUCCAUAUCUCAAGAGUAUGGUAGCAGUUGGGUUGUCUACUCUAGCAUCUUGUGGUUAUGAUCUAAAUGCUGCAGUACGUGGGAAGACAAGAAUGCAUAUUUUAUGUAUUGGUCAUGGUGGGGGAAGCUUGCCAUUAUUUCUGGCUAGUAAGAUUAAAGGUGCUAUUGUUCACAUCGUUGAAAUUGACCCCCUUGUUAUAGCAUCAUCAAUCCAAGCAAUGGGCUUUCCAGCUUUCUCAAUCAUGACUCCAUCAGGUGAGCGGGCAAUGUCAAAACCCAGUAUCCUGGAUGAAGUACUGUGGAAGGGCAUCCAGGAAAGGCUUUACCUAUACGAAUCAGAUGCCGAGCAGUUUGUCUUAGAGAACAACAAUCUCUACGACAUGGUCUUCAUUGACGCUUAUGAUGGAGAUGACAUCUUCCCUCGGAAGCUCUGGGACCCAGAUUCUCUGUUUCUCAGAUCUCUCCGUGACCAACUGCACCCUGAACAUGGAACCGUGGUGGUGAACCUUCACUCUGACGCUGAUACCUUGUAUCAUAACGACUACACUUCAUACUCACAUCAGCAGCUAACCCCAAUGGGGAAGUAUGUCUCGAGUGUUUGCCAAGCAUACAAGGAGGCCCUGGCUUCCGACUCACAUUGUUCCAAAGGGAAACAGGAGAUGGGCCUUGGAUUCACUGUUUCAGUCCCAUGGGUGUGUAACACAUCUCUUGUUGUGUGCAGAGGGUUUGAAUUAAGUGGUGGGGUUGCUAACCGGAGUAUGGUUAUGAACACUCUCAUAUCUAAAUCCCUCCAAGUAGAAUAUGUUAUGAACUUUCCGUUCUCCUGCUUCGAGUAUAUAAAGAGAGAUUUUUUUCUUUUUGAAUAAUAUUUUUGAAGUUCAGAAUUAUUCAUUUUUUAUUUAGUUUGUAUUUAUUAGCCUUAUAUUUAAUAUUUUUCUACACAAUUUUUUUCAAAGUUUUCGAAAACUAUUUGAGGUGCAAAGUUUUUGGCACAAAAUAUGAUUUAGGGAGUACACUCUUUUUAAUAGAAAAGUAUAGUUUUA